GUUGCCUAGGUCUGCAGAAUCAGCAGGCCCCUGCUGGGACCAAUCUUGAACUGCCUUUGGAAGAGAUACCGACUCAUUCUUUCCAACGUGCUGAUUGGCUGUGAGGAAUGGGCGGGGCUACUGCCUCUGUCUGGCGUCCCAUAGGUGAAUGAAAGUUAAAGUGGGCCUCCAGCAAGAUUUUGUCCCGUGACAACAAGGAAUGUCUUGGGGAUUUUUUUUCUGCUUUGGAGGCCCAGGCUCAAAGCAAAUUAUAAGUAGGAAACCAAUUAGAAGGAAAGAAAUUUGAACUGAGUUAGGGUGCCAGGUCCUGGGAGAGACGACCAGCCCCGUCUAAAGGCUGCAUCCUCCACUGAGAAACUCGGGGGGCUUGUUUUAAGGGAAGGCGAGUACUAGAUUUUUUAGGGGAAAAGGGUACAGGGAGAACAGGUAGGAAGUGAACCUGGUACUGCCCAAAACAGGCCAUCAGAGAGAGAAAAAAUGAUGGAGGGCACGAUAUGCUCUUGGUAUUUUUAAUUUUUUUAAGCCUUCAAAUGACUUCUGCAGGGCCGAGGAGCAGCAGCAGAGGGGCAAUUUUGAUUGAUUAAGGGGACUUUUGCUGAGCCCUAGAAUGACGUUACUCUAUUACUAAUCAAGCAGAGAGGAAACCCACUAUGCCCCCAUUUAUCAUCUUUUCCCACUUCCUUUUUGCUGGGCAUAAAACUAUGCUGGCCAAUCCUACCUAAAACAGGAGGCAAAGAGCCCAGACUUUUGUGCAAACAGGGGCUGUCUCUGCCCUCCUAUUCUGCCCCCAAGACAAAAGAGGACUCUUGGAAGCUGAGAAAGGCUUAAGUCUUUCUAGACUGAGCAUCGAGCAUCGCGAGGAGCAAAGGCAUCCGGCCUGCCCCGGGCUCCGAGGGGAGGAGGAGAGCGCACGGGUCCAGGAUGGGCUUGCUGAAGGGCCUUCUCCGGGCCAGGAACCUGCUGCUCGUCGUCUUCGUGCCGCUCCUGCUGCUGCCUCUGCCCAUGCUCUACCCCAGCAGCGAGGCUGCCUGUGCUUACGUGUUGAUCGUGACUGCUGUGUACUGGGUGUCUGAGGCAGUGCCUCUUGGAGCUGCAGCCCUGGUGCCUGCCUUCCUCUACCCGUUCUUUGGAGUCCUCCGAUCCAGCGAGGUGGCAGCAGAGUACUUCAAGAACACCACGCUGCUGCUGGUGGGCGUCAUCUGCGUGGCGGCUGCCGUGGAGAAGUGGAACCUGCACAAGCGCAUUGCUCUGCGCAUGGUCAUCAUGGCCGGAGCCAAGCCAGGCAUGCUGCUGCUCUGCUUCAUGUGCUGCACCACGCUGCUCUCCAUGUGGCUCUCCAACACGUCCACCACCGCCAUGGUGAUGCCCAUCGUGGAGGCCGUGCUGCAGGAGCUGGUCAGUGCCGAGGAGGAGCAGCUCGUGGCCGGCAACUCCAGCGCCGAAGAGGCCGAGCCCAUCAGUCUUGAUGUAAACAACAGCCAACCUUCUCUGGAACUCAUCUUUGUCAAUGAAGACACAUCAACUGCAGACUUCACUUCUCUGAUGCAGAACAAGAACCUGAAUGGUGUGCCCACAAUCACCAAUCCUGUCAAGACUGCAAACCACCAGGGCAAGAAGUGGCACCCACCCCAGGAAAAGCCACUAGUCCUGACCCCCAGGCCCAGGAACCAGGAACUCAACAGAAAGUACAAGUCCCAGCAUGACCAAAUGAUCUGCAAGUGCCUCUCUCUGAGCAUAUCUUAUGCUGCCACCAUUGGGGGCCUGACCACCAUCAUUGGCACCUCCACCAGCCUCAUUUUCUUGGAACACUUCAACAACCAGUACCCAGCUGCAGAGGUGGUCAACUUCGGCACCUGGUUCCUCUUCAGCUUCCCCAUCUCCCUCAUCAUGCUGGUAGUCAGCUGGUUCUGGAUGCACUGGCUGUUUCUGGGCUGCAAUUUUAAAGAGACCUGCUCUCUGAGCAAGAAGAAGAAGACCAAAAGGGAAGAGUUGUCAGAGAAGAGGAUCCAAGAGGAAUAUGAAAAGCUGGGAGCCAUUAGCUACCCUGAAAUGGUGACUGGAUUUUUCUUCAUCCUGAUGACCGUGCUGUGGUUUACCCGGGAGCCUGGCUUUGUUCCCGGCUGGGAUUCUUUCUUUGAAAAGAAAGGCUACCGCACCGACGCCACGGUCUCUGUCUUCCUUGGCUUCCUCCUCUUCCUGAUUCCAGCAAAGAAGCCUUGCUUUGGGAAAAAGAAUGAUGGGGAGAAGCGGGAGCCCUCACUGGGGACAGAGCCCAUCAUCACGUGGAAGGACUUCCAGAAGACCAUGCCCUGGGAGAUUGUCAUUCUGGUGGGAGGAGGCUAUGCUCUGGCUUCUGGCAGCAAGAGCUCAGGCCUUUCCACAUGGAUUGGGCACCAGAUGUUGUCCCUGAGCAGCCUCCCACCGUGGGCUGUCACCCUGCUGGCAUGCAUUCUGGUGUCCAUUGUCACGGAGUUUGUGAGCAACCCUGCCACCAUCACCAUCUUCUUGCCCAUCCUGUGCAGCCUGUCUGAAACACUGCACAUUAAUCCACUCUACACCCUGAUCCCCGUCACCAUGUGCAUCUCCUUUGCAGUGAUGCUGCCUGUGGGCAAUCCCCCCAAUGCCAUCGUCUUCAGCUAUGGGCACUGCCAGAUCAAAGAUAUGGUGAAAGCUGGCCUAGGGGUCAAUGUCAUUGGCCUGGUGAUUGUGAUGGUGGCCAUCAAUACAUGGGGAAUUAGCCUCUUCCACCUGGACACUUUUCCAGCCUGGGCUCAGGUUAGUAACAUCACUGAUCAGGCCUAACACAAGUGGGCAAACCACCCAACCAAAGGAGCUGCCAGCACCCAGAGAAUCUGACCAACGGGCCAAGAAAACCACCAUGGGCACAUAACCCCCACCAGAAGAUUCCGCCAUCUACCAUCUCAAGUGAAGUAAAAGAAGCCUCCGACAACCAAAUACACAUGCUUGGAUGUUAGUGUCUUCUCUGCCCUCCUUCCUUAGCACCACAGCUCAAGAAAAUCUAAACUCUUUCUCAUUUCCUUGUAUCUAGUCUCUCCAAUCAAUUCUUUCUGAAGAUAGGACGUCUCAGCUGCCCCUCAGAGGCUAAGCCUCACAACCUGACUGGGCUCACUAGGUUUUAUGUUAUUCUUAACUUCUUAAUCCCUUUUUAGGAGUUGAAAGAGAAAUCCAAACCAUCCUACCUAUGCACAGAUAAUGAAACCAGUCACAGCUCCCCUUUCGGGGGAAAGUCUCCCCCAGAACUUGAGACCUAAUGUCAGCUACUCUCUCUCAAGAGUUUCUAUCCUAAGUUCUCUCCACAAACAGGUAAUUCUUAGUAAGUCCUCUUUGUGGCAGUCAGUACUCUUUUAUCACUACUCUGAUUCCCUUUUAAGCAUCUCUCCUCAGUGGCUUCUCUUUACCUUGGCACCAAAUUCCUGUAAAGAAAUAGUGUUCCCCUUUAGAAAGAGGCUGGUGCUGUUCUCUUUGUCAAAGGAAAAGGAAGUAGAGAGGACACACUAAGAUUAGUAUCUCUCUCUUCACUCAUCACUAACCAUCAAUACCACUGCGUUGGUUAAGUGCUAGGAGGGAGAAAAAACUUUCAGACCUGUCUUAUUAAGGAGGCCAAGACUAUAAUUAAACCACAGCACUAUUAAUGAUAUUUGGCUGGCUUUCUUCUGGAUGUAAUGAGUAGUUCAUUCCUGAGAAGGCAAGUACACAAGAGUCCAACACAUCAGUCACUUCCUACAAGUCGACGAGACCCUUGAGGGAGGGGGAGAUGUCUUAUGUCUCUUCAAGUCCCCAGCAACUUAUGUAAUAUAGUAAACUGUAACUGCUCAAUAAAUGUUUCCCUUGAGAAAAAUCACUUUGGAAUCAAGGGCUCCUUCUUCCUCCUGAAGACCGUGUCACUUUCUCCAUGACAGACAUCCUUGCUCUAUGACUGGAUAUAGCUCCCAAUGCCCCCAGCUUUCAAGCAUUAUAUAUUUCCAAUUUCUACCAUCAGUUACUUGCUAAAUACAUCUUAUGGGAAAUAGAGCACCCCAUAGUUAUUAUACUGUUUUCAUUAUUUUAAGUUACUAUUGACAGCAUGUACAGUUUUCCUACAGGAAUAACUUAUCAAUAAAAUCACUCCCUUAGUUGAUAAGUA